AUGAAUGUUUAUCAAAUUAAUGAAAAAGGAUCCGUUCCCCUUCCUUAUUUUUUUUCCUCAAGGUAUUACGAUUGUGAUGAAGAUGUAGCAAAUGACUUUGAGCUUCAAAACUUUAUGAACGAAGUUUCCGCAGAUGGGGAAGGAAGCGAAGGAGGACUGGGAAACAUCAAAGAGCUUCCCCGAGAACUAACUUCAAUAAACAGUCUGGUGAUAUUCCUUACAAGGUUCUUGUGGCACGUCAGUGCUCACCAUGCAGCCAUCAACUAUCCUUUAACAGAUUACGGAGCCUUCACGCUUAACAUGCCCACCAAGCUCUAUCGAGAUUCACGAGUCUCUGAUGAUAAGUUCUCCUUGUUCCACUAUCCGAACGCGAACAUUUCUGCACAACAAGCCACGGUUGCUUUUUCACUCUCCAAUUACCGUUUUGACAGUCUGUUCGACUACGGAAGCCAGUUGCCCCAUAAACCUGGACGAGAAGUGAUAUCCAAGUGGUUUAACUUCCUUCAAAGGAGAGUCCAGCCGUACAUAGAAAUGAGGAACAUUGAUAGGUUAAAAAAAGAUCAUCUGACCUACCCUUAUCUGUUGCCACGCUGGAUCCCCAACGGAAUACAGACAUGAGACACACUGGAGGGUACAUUGUAAUGUAAUAAAGGACGUUGAGGAAUUGAGGGACUUGAAGGACUCUGAUUUUGUUUCCACUAGUAUUGCUUUCUCUAUUUGCAUGUAAACUAAGCAAUGUUUUACAAUGCUUUGUCCGAGAGUCUGUUUCUGAUCUCUCUCUGGCUUGUAUCAAUAAAGUGUAACCGUUGAAUUA